AUGGGGAAGCAGACUGUCUCAUCAAGACCGAGGGCUCACACGACCGCCGGGACAGCCAAACAGCAGCAGCCCCACGAAUCGCCACGGCCCAGCAACCUGCACUAUCACCGUGCAGCAACCUACAACUCGCCAGAUAAUGUGCACAGUCCAGAAAAUAACGGUUCUCAACGUGAGCCCAGAAGAAGUAACACAGCAGCCGCCAACCGCAGCCGCAGUGCCGGAACAUAUGCACCCAGGCGACUGACUCCAGUUGCUGGCAGAGAACCGUUAGCUCGUGGAGGGCAGGCUCGCUCCAUACACCCCAACAACGACCCUCGAUGGAACGAGAUGAUUGGGGUUGCCCUGAGCAGCCCAACCGUCGACUUGUUCCCUGUGCCGCCCAGUACCAAAGUCACUUCCAUGUCUGCCAUCACCACUAAAGGUGUUCCAGCAAGUGCAGAUAAAAGGGAAGUACCCCCGGGCAGUGGUGGUCGGAUACAGCCCCGUGCCAGCACCGCUCCAAGCACUGUGUCAAGCGUGGUUUCAAACACAGUCACUGCCAAAAAAUCACUGCAGCGGAAGCCUAGUAAGUGGAAGAAGUUUGGAGGCCUCUUCCGCGCAAAACAGGCCGAGUCCCCGCAGAAUGAAUUCUUCUAUCAGGUCCAGGUCAACGACAAACCUCUUCGUCCCGCAAAGAGCCCUAAUUUCCAGCCCCAGGUAUACAUCGGCAAUCAAUAUCCAUCGAACUCCAUGGAUGCUGUGAACUCCUCAAAGACAAGUCUGGACUCCAGAUCUCAAGCCCGCCAGAGCACCCACCAUCGCCAUCAACGCCAACGCACAGCCAACGGCUCAGAUCCCGUUAGUAGAUCACAUCUAGACCUAUGUCCGUCGUCAGGACGAUCUUCUUCCCCCGAGGAAUCUCCUAAACAGGCCAGAAAGCGGACUCCGGCCAAACUGGUUAAGAAUUCCGAGAUAAGGAGGUAUUGGAACACAACCUCAGACGAGCCAGAAUCAGCCCCAGAUCUUCUCCAAACUGCAAAAAGUAGCUCUCCUUAUCUUUCGGUGGAUAUACCCAGUAUCGAAAUGGAGAGAUAUAGUGUGAUGUUUGGCGGGCUGAUCGAUAAUAAUGCACCAUCUCUACUGGCUAGACGGAGUAGAGCAUUGAACAAGCUUAAAAUCCCUGAUAAAGAGAAAGAUGAUAGUCCAUUACCCCCUCCAAGGCGUGCUACUUCACCUGGGCCUGCCAAAUCACCAGUCUUUUCACUUUUCCCGUCCACCCCGACAGAUAAGCAAUCGAAAAUACUGGGGUCAUAUUGUCUCCCACGUCAAUCACCACGCCAAAAGAGGUCAAACACACAUCCAUCUCCGCACAAAGCUCUAUUUGAACGUUGGGGCCGCGACGGUAGAGGUGACUUAGAUUCUCCCCACGAUCUACAGCCUCCCGUUUUUCCCAAUGCGGAUGACGCUAGCGAUGGGUCCUUAUACUCACCUUCAAGUUACGAUGGGGAAUAUCUCAACCCUGUGCGGUUACAAGUCAAUCCUCCGGUCAAACUGGUCGAGCCAGACUGGGAGAUGGUGACACCAGGCCACAACAAAAUGAACGAACAAAAACCGCCAAAGAACCGUUAUCCGCUGCUAAGUCCAACCCCGAGUAGCAAUUUAUCCGACCCGGGCGAGCAGGCAAACGGGUCGAUCCCUCAAAUUAUCUGUCCACGGACACCUCCCCUAAACGGUACUGCAAACCAUGGCUUCAGCCAACAUGCCCAAGCCGAUUCCUUCAGGCCCAAGACUGCUUCUUCCUGCCCUCCUCCAAGAUCAGGCCACCAACCAAACCCAUCAAUAGACUCAAUGUCCGACGACCUACACAGUGAUAUCCACACCGCUCAAAUCUCGAUUGCACGCUCCGUAUCCGUAAGCAAAGGCCAGAAAAAGGUUCUCGUCCCCGUUGGUGCAAGAACGGGUUUCCUUAGGCCUGGUGAGCGAUUUGUCGAAAAACCCGCAGGUAUCCCGACCCAGCUGGCCGUUCAACGAGGCCAUCGCUACGAAAAGUCUAGAAACGCUUUGAUCGAGAAUGCCUAG